GUGCUAAUGAACUCUUUUGUUUUAAGGAACCCAGUGACAAUGGACCUCUUUUUACUGAAUUAAAGUUCUACCAGCGAGCUGCCAAACCAGAACAAAUUCAGAAAUGGAUUCGUACCCAUAAACUGAAGUACCUGGGUGUCCCUAAGUAUUGGGGGUCUGGUCUACAUGAAAAAAAUGGAAAAAGUUACAGGUUUAUGAUAAUGGAUCGCUUUGGGAGUGACCUUCAGAAAAUAUAUGAAGCAAAUGCCAGAAGGUUUUCUCGGAAAACUGUCUUGCAGCUAAGCUUAAAAAUUCUGGAUAUUCUGGAAUAUAUUCACGAGCAUGAGUACGUACACGGAGAUAUCAAGGCCUCAAAUCUUCUUCUCAGCUACAAGAAUCCUGACCAGGUGUACUUGGUAGAUUAUGGCCUUGCUUAUCGGUACUGCCCAGAAGGAAUUCAUAAAGAAUACAAAGAAGACCCCAAAAGAUGUCAUGAUGGCACGAUUGAAUUCACCAGCAUCGACGCGCACAAUGGUGUGGCCCCAUCAAGACGUGGUGACCUGGAAAUCCUUGGUUAUUGCAUGAUCCAGUGGCUUAGUGGCCAUCUUCCUUGGGAGGAUAAUUUGAAAGAUCCCAACUAUGUUAGAGAUUCCAAAAUUAGAUACAGAGAAAAUAUUGCAGGUUUGAUGGACAAAUGUUUUCCUGAGAAGAACAAGCCAGAUGAAAUUGCUAAGUACAUGGAAACAGUGAAAUUACUGGAUUAUGCCGAAAAACCUCUUUAUCAAAAGUUACGAGAUAUUCUUUUGCAAGGACUGAAAGCUAUAGGAAGUAAGGAUGACAGCAAGCUGGACCUCAGUGUUGUGGAGAAUGGAAGUUUGAAAACAAAAACAAUAACAAAGAAGAGAAAGAAAGAACUAGAGCAGAGCACACAACCUGGUGUUGAAGAUAUGGAAUGCUCAGAUACACAGACACAAGAGGCCAUACAAACCCGUUCGAAAACCAGGAAGAGAGUCCAGAAGUAAAUCAAAUACUGUGAACCAGUUUUUCUUUUCUUCCUUUCAUUUGACUCUUUCCUCCUUUCAUUUGACUUUAUCCUCUUUUUCUGUAUUGUGUUUUAUUUUCAUGUGAGUCUUGUGGAGUGGGGGAAACAAUGAAGUACCUAUGUCUUUGAAAAGCAGACUUUUUUUUAUUAAAUACUUUGUAGAAUUUACUAAAGCCUAAUUUAUAAAAUUUCACAAUAUUAAGGUUAUACCCUUUAAGCUGUCCCAUGCUGUGUGUUUGAGGUUCUGGGGUACAUAUAAGAAAUAUUACUAUGACAUGCACUUUUCUAAUCGUUGUAUAUUUCCUAGAGUGUAUAAAAUGUUUGGCAAAAUCAUUACUUUUAAGGAAAUACACAACUUAAAAUAAAGGUCUCUUUUUGCUUGAUACAAA